AUGGGCAGACGUGAGUUUCACAACUUUCCGAAUUUAUCAGUAUUCUGCAGUAACGACGACUUGUUUGCCUACUGCCAACAUUUGGAAAACCUCCACAUUGACUUCACCGAACGAUACCAGGACAUUUUAAACUUGGAAAUACCAGACUGGGUGUUGGAUCCGUUUUCAAAUGUCAACACAGCAUUGUCACCUCAGCUGGAAGAAGAACUUAUAGAAUUGACAACAAACGAAGAAACAAAAAUCAAGUUUAAAAAUGGAUAUCAAGAAUUUUGGCUACAAAAACCGAUCCCGCAAUUGUACCCUGGAUUGUGGUCAAUUGUUCAACGAUUCUUGAUAGCAUACCCAUCGUCAUAUUUGUGUGAACGUGGAUUUAGUGCUGUGGCAACGCUGCUUACUAAAAAGAGAAAUCGUUUGCGUGUUACCGAACGUGGCGACUUGCGGCUGUUUUUGAGUAAAUUGGAACCUGAUAUCAACAAACUUAUUGAACAGCAUCAGAUUCAACCUUCACAUUAG